CUGCGUAUUUACCGGAAGUUGGUGUUGUUCAUCAAAACUUUUGUAGUUGAUCUUAUUAUAUUAUAUUUUAUGUCCAUUUAGUUUAAAACUAGAGAUGUCGACUGACGUGAAUACCCUUAUGGAGAUGGGUUUUUCUAAAGACAGAGCGGAGAAGGCCCUAGCUAAAACCAAUUUUCAAGGAGUGCAGAUAGCCAUGGAUUGGUUGUUUGCUCAUUCUGAGGACCCAGAUAUUGAUGAGCCAUAUGAAGCUCCAGCAGGACAAUUAUUAGGUGGCAAGUCUGGAGAGGACAAGGCAGGCUCAGGAGACACAGCUAUGGAGACAGAAACAACUCAGGAUACUCCAAGAGAGGCACAUGCAAAUACUGAGAGUUGUCCAGAAGGAGAAUCAGCUGAAACACCAAUAGCCAAGUCACUGAAAUGUGAUGAGUGUGGCAAAACUUUGCGCAGCACAAUGGAGGCAGAGAUGCAUGCUGCCAGAACUGGACAUGCAAGCUUUUCGGAGUCCACUGAAGAAAUAAGGCCUCUGACAGAGGAGGAAAAGAAGGCGCAAUUGGAAAGGCUUAAGGAAAAAAUUAAGCAGAAACGAGUAGAACGUGAAGAGCAAGAGAAGCGAGAGCAGUUAGAGAGGGAGAAAAUGAGAAGGCAAUCUGGGAAAGAGUUGACCAAUAUAAAACAACAAAUGCAAGAAAAAGAAAUGAAAAAAAUAGUAGAAGAGAGAAGAAGAGAAAAGAUAGAAGAAAGAAAUGCAAGACAACGUGUCAAAGAACAAAUUGAAAAGGAUAAAAGAGAAAGAGCUAAGAAGUUUGCUCAGGCUAAAGAAGCUGACACUGAAAAUCAACCAACAGUGGCAGCACCUGUUGUCACACAGCAAGAGGCUCCAAAGAAAGACUAUGACCAGACUAGAUUGCAAAUCCGAUUAAGCAAUGGGCAAGCUCUAACCCAAAGUUUUGGUGUCAAGGAACCGCUUCAAGCAGUAAGACUUUAUGUUGAUACUCACAGAACAGAUGGGGAUGGACCUUUUUCUUUAAUGACUACAUUCCCCAGGAAAGUAUUCACAGAUGAAGAUAUGGAGAAGCCGCUCUCUGUUCUUGGUUUGGUUCCUUCAGCUGUUGUGAUUGUUUCUAAGAAGCAGUAAUAAGAAUAGCUCAGUAAAAAAGACAAGAAACCAAAACAGAGUUUUCAGCUUGACAGGUCUCGGUUGUGGAAGCCUCAAACAUCUUGCUGUUGAUUAAAGUCAGAAAAAUUACUGUC